AAGAUGAUUCUGUUGAGAAUAUUGUGAACCUGAUGAGUUGUAGACUUUAGAAUUGUACAUUCGAGACUCUUCCUCAAGCCACGUAUGGUUGAAAAUCUCUGGUUAGAGAAGUUGCUUUCCACUCUCUGACUAUGCAGCCAAAAAAAAAUCCACUUGGGUUUAUCCAAUUUGGAGUUGAAGCUCAUGAAUAAUCCUUCGUAAAGAAACCCAAAAGAAAAGUCUGUGCUUUGAUUCUGAAGUUUCCAUCCUUGCCAUGUCAACAGGUUUACAAAUUUGCAUCAAUUUCUCCGCCUUCAGCAGCUUGUGUAAUGAUUCGUGCAAGAAGCAAAGCUAUUCUGGGUUGAAGCUGCCACAACCCAUCAAAUUUUACUGUCUUUCAAGGACAAAUAAUGGUGCCUUUCAUCAAAAUGAGUUCAAAUUGAGGAGUGGUGGGAAGAGAUGGUCUUUCUUGCGAGGGAGCGGGGGUGGAGCUGGGGUUUUUUUGAGGGAUGAGAGGUGGAGGAGGAAGAGAAGAGUGGUUGUGGUUGGGUUUAAUCAGGGUUUUGGGUUUAAUGGUGGUGGCGGUGGUGGUGGGAAAGAUGAUGGUGGCACUGCUAGGAUUUUGGGCAAUCUUGCUCUGGCAAUUGGGUUGACGUAUCUUUCAGUGACUGGGCAGCUUGGUUGGGUUUUGGAUGCUAUUGUUUCCAUUUGGCUCAUCGCUGUGCUUUUACCAAUCGUGGGCUUAGGAGCUUUUCUAUGGUGGGCAGGAAGGGAUAUAGUUCAAAGCACUUGUCCAAACUGUGGAAAUGAAUUUCAGAUUUUUAAGUCUCUUAUGAACAACGAUUUGCAGUUGUGCCCCUACUGUAGUCAACCAUUCUCAGUGGAGGAUAAUAAGUUUAUAAAGGAACCUGUGAAAUUCUCCAACCAAGCUACAACAUUCGAGCAAGCAUUCAGUGACUUCUUUCCUGGCUCUAAGAAAGGAAAGGAAUCUUCCACAGCUGUAGUUGAUGUUGAAGCAGAAAUAAGGGAUGCAGAAUGAUUCCUUGCAGCCAUACAACUCCUGGGCCUCUGCCAACUUUUAUCAUUGUCGCCAACCAGUUUAUGAUACCAGUCUUUGAUUCAAUAAUUGAGCUUAUUGAUUUUGUCAACUUGUUGUAUAGAACUAGUUAUAGAACCCCAGUGAAUGAUUACCAAUUUCUUAAUGCAAUUUAAAUCCUAUUUUUGGGUUACAACUCUGUUCCUUGAGUUAUUCACAGAUGGUAAUAACUUGGGAGUUCAGGAGUUACAAUAGGAGAAAAUUGUUGAAUUAUUAGUAGAUAAAUUCAUAUCAUGUACAAAAUUCAAGGAUCUUUUCAGUUUCUGGCCAGACUGCCCGAUAUUUAUAAGGCAUUAUAUCUCUCCAGGUGCUGCCCUUGCAUGUUAGUUGUUACAUCAGGUAUAUUGUUGUUGGAACAGAAUAAAGAUGGCCAGAUUCAUGCCGCCGAGAAAUGCAGCAGUCUCAGUGAAGAAAUUUUUGACCAAGAUGAUGUCUUUCUGCCAUACCUUUUGUACAUUAGUUUUUGGUACACAGACUCCAUGAUCUUUUCCCUAUGGUAUUGUGUAUUUUUUGAACUUGUAGGCCACAUAAAAAAAAAUUGACCACAUCACCUAGGGCUUUGUAAUAAUUUGCUCCAGCAGCUUGAUGAAUUUCAAUGCUUAAGAAUGUCUCUUUUUAUCUUUA